UUGAACGUCAACUCAUCAAAUGGUCGCACUUGCGGAUACAUUUUAAAAGGUGUCAGCAGCAGCAUCUCACUCUUUUGAUCGGCGUAACGUUGUCGAUAUUGUUGUAGUUGAAGUGCGCUGAAAACAGGGUUUUUGUUGUUGCUCUCUUGUAAGUUAUUACCGGUUUGUUGACAUGACCUUUACGAGUAGAGAUCGACCCAGCAGACUGUCGAUCACCUCCGACCUUAAAGACAGCCUGCUCACGAACGAGAGAGCGUCGUCUCGAUCUUUAGUGUCUCAAAUGCAAAAGGAAUUGGAAGAUUUGAAAGCAAGCACAAAAAGGGAAACACAGAGAGUUCGGAAUGUAAAAAGAAAGAUGGAGCUAGCUGAACAGAAGACAGAUCGGCUGCAAAAUGAGCAGCACAGAUUAGUGAUGAAGGUAGCGAGUUUAACCUCGGACAUGAAGAUCCUGAGGAGUCAGGAGGAGAAUAACGAGUGGCUGGUGGCCACCAACAACAACCUCCAGGCUAUUGUGGAGAAGCUAACCAAAAGGCAGACUUAGAACUGUUUACCAGGGAAUUCCUAAAUUGAUUUGACUCGCCCGGGCAUUUUGCGCUGUCUAGAUUUUAAAUUGAUUUUUGUCCAUUUGUCGCGACCAGACGACCGCAGUUGUCACCAAUGUCAUGUCCACAUGUGAGCAAAUGUUGUCCUUCAAUCUGACGACAGUAACCAGUUCUCUGUCUCGCUCACAUAGUCAGCAAAGCUUUUCACAGACGUGCACUUAUAGAGGGUCGGUGUAACUGUGCUCUGUAAUUACCAUUUGACAGCUAACAGCUGGCAUAUUUGGCAUCAGACCUCGCGGAGUGUCGGUAAUGUCAUCGAGCAACCAACGUCACUGUGCGUCACAUAUUAUAGCUCUGCGCUAAAGCGGUCUUAUUUAGCAUAAUUUGAGAUAUCGAUGUUGUGAAAUGUAUUUAUUGUAUUUAUUCAAACUCAAAAACUUGAGAACA